AGUAAAGCAAGCAAAAUUGAUUAGCGUUGCCUCUAACUCUAAGCUAAGGCCAUCACGCCGCUUUCAAUUUCCCAAUUUGUUUCACCGAAUCCUGAACUUGAGUUUAGAUUCGUGCAUCAAAUUGUUAUAUUGUUGUUGUGGCACAACACUCUAUCGGCGAUCUCACUCCUUCAAGUCUCAUGUAUGGAAACAAAAAUAUGUACUAUUGCCUUUAGACUAAAUACAACAUCUUCUUGAAGCUGCAACAUUGAUGAUGUGUCAUAUCCUAAUUGGUGGAUAGAAACAACGUUGACGCGGUACACCUCGACAUAAAUUUACCUCCGUUUCCUUUCACAUCCCACUUGCCCAUAUACAAUACCAACACAUCGUAUACUACUCCUACUUGCUUGUCCGGAAAUGUUCUGCCGGAAAACCCUCCAUCUGAGCUGCGCUCUUCUGCUUCUCGCCCUCCUGCCCGCCGCCACUCUCGCCCGCCCAUUCGUUCUCGUCCUCUCCCAGGACGACCUCUCCGACCCCGCCGCCGCCGCCGCCGCCAAUCUCCCCGACGAUCUUUCCGAUUUCGACGACUUCCCCGAUUCCGAAUCGAAGCCCGACUGGGUCCUCGAUCCCGGCUCCUGGUCCCCUCUUUUUGAGCCUGAUCCCAAUUCCAAAAUCCCCAGCCCUAAUGAUGACGACGAGGUAAUUUACUACAAUGGGGUCAGCAAAAUGGUGGAGGCGGCGAGCAUAGGGGAAUUUAGGGUUAUUGAUGAGGCGGUCGCGGAGAUCGAGGCGGCUUCCUCUCUGGGGCAUCCGCAUGGCCAGUCGGUGAUGGGCUUUUUGUAUAGCAUGGGGAUUGGGAGGGAAAGGAGCGACGCCAAAGCAUUCUUGCAUCACUAUUUUGCUGCGCAGGGUGGAAAUAUGCAGUCUAAGAUGGCCUUGGCAUACACUUACUAUCGCCAAGAAAUGCAUGAAAAAGCAGUUAAACUGUAUGCUGAACUGGCAGAGGUAGCAGUGAAUAGUUUUCUUAUUUCAAAGGAUUCGCCUGUUAUUGAACCAGUCAGAAUCCACACUGGUGCUGAGGAAAAUAAAGAAGCUCUUAGGAAGUCUAGAGGAGAGGAUGAUGAAGAUUUCCAGAUUUUGGAAUAUCAGGCUCAAAAAGGCAAUGCAGGAGCUAUGUACAAAAUUGGAAUAUUUUAUUACUUUGGGUUGAGAGGUGUGAGGCGCGAUCAUCCUAAGGCAUUACGGUGGUUCUCAAAGGCAGUAGAGAAGGGAGAGCCUAGGUCAAUGGAACUUCUUGGGGAGAUAUAUGCUAGAGGUGCUGGGGUUGAACGUAACUAUACUAAGGCUUUAGAAUGGCUUACCCUGGCAUCAAAGCAACAACUUUAUUCAGCUUACAAUGGCAUGGGAUAUUUAUAUGUAAAGGGUUAUGGAGUGGAGAAAAAGAACUACACCAAGGCGAAAGAAUACUUUGAUAAAGCUGCUGAGAACGAAGAACCUUGUGGGUUCUACAACCUUGGUGUGAUGUAUUUAAAGGGACUUGGGGUUAAGCGGGACUUGAAGAUAGCAACAAAGUACUUUGCACUGGCUGCUAAUGCAGGUCAGCCAAAAGCAUUUUACCAAUUAGCAAAGAUGUUUCACACCGGUGUGGGUCUAAAGAAGAAUCUUCAUAUGGCAACAGCACUAUACAAACUAGUUGCGGAGCGUGGGCCAUGGAGUUCGUUGUCUAGAUGGGCACUGGAGUCAUAUCUGAAAGGUGAUAUUGGCAAAGCAUUCCUUUUGUAUUCAAGAAUGGCAGAGAUAGGGUAUGAAGUCGCGCAAAGUAAUGCUGCUUGGAUUUUGGACAAGUAUGGGGAGCGCAGUAUGUGCAUGGGGGUGUCUGGGCACUGCACUGAUGCUGAAAGGCAUCAACGUGCUCAUGUGCUAUGGUGGCGAGCUUCCGAGCAGGGAAAUGAACAUGCUGCUUUGCUGAUAGGGGAUGCAUAUUACUAUGGUCGAGGUACAGAACGGGAUUUUGACCGUGCUGCUGAAGCCUAUAUGCAUGCUAAAUCUCAGUCCAAUGCCCAGGCCAUGUUCAACCUGGGAUACAUGCAUGAGCAUGGGUUGGGACUACCAUUGGAUCUUCACCUUGCCAAGCGUUACUAUGAUCAAGCCUUAGAAGUUGAUCCUGCUGCAAAGUUACCUGUAUCACUAGCCCUUGCCGGUCUGUGGAUCAGAAGAAAUCAUGCCAACAGUUUCCUCGUUGGUAUGAUUGAUUCCCUUCCGGAAGUUUAUCCAAAAGUAGAGGCUUGGGUGGAGAAUGUGAUCAUGGAGGAAGGUAAUGCAACAAUUUUGACGCUGUUCGUCUGCCUCCUCACAGUUCUUUACCUAAGGGAGCGGCAAAGAAGACAUGCUGCUGUCGGUGACGUGCCCCCACAUCAGCAGCCCGGCGAACAGGCUGCUGCACCUCUAGUUAAUUGAUCGUGUUGUCUUGUCUGUGUAAAAAGGAAGGGUGGGAUGUGGUUUUUCUGGCCCAGAAGUGCCUGAUUCUUUUGCAGGAAAAUGUAUAGGAGUUUGAUUGUGCAUGAGCUUGGUCACAGAGUCAUUUUUUCUCUUAUGCUUUGUUGUAAAAUAGAGGUGGCUUACCUUGGUGAAAACGAACGUAGAUUUUAGCUCUAGAGAAAUAUAUAACCCAGCAGAUAGAUAUUCUUAUUUACGGUCUUUAUCAAUAAAACAACUAAAAAAAGGAAAGAAUUGAUAUUUGCAGUGA